AUGGUCCGAAAAUGGAUGAACUUUGGGAUCAACCAUGCAGCUUUCGCGUAUGCCAUGACGACAUUGGGUUCAGCCAUGAUCAACAAUAUUUUUAGCUUCUAUUAUGUCAAACUCUUCCUGAACAAGUACAGCAUAUCUGAGAGCGCUUUCCACCAAUCACAAGUGGUGUACAUGGUGUGGAAUGCGGUCAACGACCCUCUGUUUGGUUACCUGCAAGACAACUCCAGGGUGCCUUGCUGCUCUCACCGACGUCUCUCCAUCCUGUAUGGCGCGCCUCUCUACUCGCUGGCCUUUCUCAUUGCCUGGUUCCCGUGGCGCUCCUACUCCCCUGAUGAUUGGCUGAGUGGCCUACACCUGACCGUGGCGCUGUGCGCCUUCGACGGCAUGCUGACCUUCGUGCUACUGGCACAGUGUGCCUUAUUCGCAGAGAUUUCCAGCCACCAUCAGAAUCGUUUAAGGCUCAUAAAAUACAACCAGGUGGCUUCUCUCAUUGGUUCCUCCAGCGUUCUUUUCUGUGGCAUGGUGUCCACAAACAUGGAAAACUUCCAAGCUUUCCAGGCAUUCACGGUGCUGAUUGCUGUAAUAAGCUGCAUCUGCAUGAUGUACACCGGUAUGCACAGCGAAAGCCGCUUUGACAAUAAAAUAUCUGAGGCAGAUGUUCAAGCGAGUGCCGACCAGACCGCUCGUCCAACGGCGUGCUCCUUCGCCAUGUUGAAGUCGCUGACGUGGCAGAUUCUCACCAACAGGGACUUCCAGCUGUUUGUGACCAUGAACUUCUUCCAGGUGUUCAUGUUGGCUUUCUUUAAUAACUUCACCAUGAUAUUCACGGAGCACCUGAUUCCUCCAUAUGCACUCCCGUCGCUAGCCAAGAGCUUCAUGUACGGAGCGGGAUUCAUCUUGCCACAGCUUUUAGUUCUGAGUAGUCAGAGUCUGCUGCAAAGUCUUGGCUACUACAAGAUCAUCCUCUUCACAUUUAUCUUUGAGGCUGGGCUGGCAGUCGUCAUGCUGGCUCUGGGUCCUCAACGUUACUACUUUUUGGCCUUUUUCCUCACUGUAAAUAUGGUUCUAAUACAAGCAGCCUUCAGUCUCUUUGGCUUGCCUCUGGCUGACAUUAUUGACAUAGAUCUACAGAAAUACAAGCGCAGCUCUCCUCUCUCCUCCAUGGUGUUUGGAACAAAUGCCCUGUUCACCAAGCCAGCUCAGUCUCUGGCUCCGAUGAUAGUCCUUAAUAUCCUCAACCACUUUGGAUACGAGGGGCUCAAAGAUGUGACCCAGGGGUCAAAUAAAAGUGCUUUGGAAAGCCUCCACAGUGUGAUGUUCUACUUGGUCUGUCUGGUGCCCAUGUGUGUCGCCGUUCUGCAGGUCCUGGCUUGGAGGCCGUUUUCCAUCCGCAACAGUCACACAGUUGAUCCCAAGUACAUCGACACCUGAUGUCGGUAUCCUCAGAGUGCUAAAAACAUAUUCAUGGGGUGUCUUGUGUUUUUUUUUUGAUUGGGGGAAUCAGGUAAAUAAAAAUAGAUGAAAUAUAAAUUAAUUGACAUAUGAUGAAGUGUAUGAAAGAGGUCAUGAUAAAGUGCCUCCCUCUUUGAAGUCGAGAGAUUUAUUAAGUCAGAAUAAUCAUUUGGCCUUUACCACGUUCUAAAAUCAAACCCCAUGUGUACAAAAAUAGACAUGAUUUAACAAAGAUGAAUCCAAAGUGAAGAAGCUGUGUGUGGAAUAAAAAAAGAUUAUAAGUACACUCGACUGUUCAUAAACUCGAGUCAUCGGUAACAACAACAUUAAGUUGUUUUAUGGUUACAAAUUUCCAUUUUUAUGGAGGAAUCCCUAUUAUUUACAACAAUGCAUCAAUUUAUUUAAAGACUUGCGUUGGUUUCUGCAUAGGCUAUUGAAGGCCCUUCCACCAGAUUUCAAUGCAGCACCUUGAUUUAGUACCUUCUCAGUCCGUUCUGUUUUAGGUUUGCUGCUGUGUUUGCUUUCCACGCCUUGUUUGACCACAUUAACCCUCAGCGUUGUCAGACAAGUGGCCUCACACUCGACUCUAAAAUACUUUUGUAUACAGAAGCUAAUGAACAACUCGACUGCAAAAGGCCCAGGUCCUUUGGCCGAAAAAUAAGCCCAUAUCGUCAUCUCGGCAGCAUCUUUUUUGUUGAUACUUGUUAAGUCCUUUUCUAACUGUACUGUCAAGAACCAUAUUAUUUAAAACUGUUCACUGGGGUUUGAGAUGUAGCUGUUGUUUUUUGUUGUUGUUUUUUUUUUUUUUUUUUUUGGUGUAAUGCACAAUCUGAGCUUGGGUCAAUUUGCUUUUUGCAGAAAAAUUACCCUCAAAUAGUUUGGAAAUUGUGCUAUAACUUUUUCCAGGAAGAUGGGCAGCAGUAAUUGCAACUCUGAGGUUGGUGCUGCUAUUUUUUCACAUUGGCAUUGAGUUAAUGCUACAGACCAGCAAACUGACAAAUCUCCUGCUUGUACAGAGGUUGCCACAUUUGCUGUUGAUCUGUAAAUUAAAUAUCUCAAUUA